AGGAAGAUGGCUGCGAUCCUGCUGCUCGCGUUCGCGGCGGCGGUUUGGACCUCGGCAGCAAGCUCCUUCCAUGACUUCCACUACACCUACGGGUGCUACGAGGCCGGGGAGGUGCGGGUGCACGUCCUCCUGGACGGGGACGUGGUGGUGUACGCAGACUUCACCAGGAAGGAAGUGGUGUUCCUGAUCCCUCAGCUGCCUCAGCCUCUGAGAGACUUGAAGAAACUGUUUUACGACAUCGGCAAAUCCAGCUUCACCCACUGUCGCAGCGUUUUGGCCAAAGCCAAGAAAGCGUCUCCCGACGUGACCAUACCACAAGACCCUCCGGACCUCUCCAUCUACAGCCGGCACGAGGGCCGCGGCGGCGUGGCCAACACCCUCUUCUGCCUGGCCCACGGCUUCUACCCCCCCUCCGUCAACUUCACGUGGACCAAGAACGGGGCGAGGGUCACGGGCGGCGUGUGGGAGCUGCCGUACGGCCACAGCGGGGACGGCACCUUCAACAGGCUCUCCACGCUGAGCACCACCCCCCGGGAGGGGGACGUGUACUCCUGCUCGGUGGAGCACCGGGCGGCCCGCCGGCCCCUCGCCAGGAGCUGGGAGCUGAAGGGGGGGCCGAGUCGGGUGAGUCCGGCCGCCGGGUUCUUCGGCGCCAGCCUGGUCGCGUGCCUGAUCGGAGUCUGCGCCGGAGCCUACUUCUUCGCCAAGAAGCCAAAUUAGAGACCUCUGGGUCUCUAAAUGCUUCGCUUUGUCUUCUCCAACUCACACUCAAUGAGCUCACGCUCCUCUCCUCAUCGAGGGGGGGUUUCUGUGGACGAAGUUACUGUGAAGGACAUUAAACUGGAUAUGAACCAGAAUCAAUGUAAUACCGAUGCAUCUAUAUGAAACACAUAAUUGAACUAUAUAGAGACCAGAUUGUCUAUUGACUAAAUGAUUUAUGAAUGAUGGAUAGAUGUCUUAUUAUGUGCAACAUUACUAAGCAUAAUAUGUUAAUGUUCCAUGGAAGGAUGAUAACAUAAGAGUCGGAUAAAAUGGGCAAACCUUUACAGCUCAGUAAAACACCACUCUAUUGAUAGAAGAUAAUCCAAUUUGUGAUUUAAGGUGAAAAUAAACAGACUUUGUUGAUGAUUAAACAAAAUCUGCUGAUGACAGUGAUGUGACAUUGAGGAGGAAAUGCAGCCGGUCUGAUCUACAAAUGAAAAGUUCAAC